GGCCGCACGUUUUUGUUUCCAUCAAAAUUUUGUUAAUAAAACUGAAAAUAAAUAUAUUUAUUACUAAAUAUAAAUAAAUUUUAAUAAAUUUUUUGCAAAACGGCCAGAGAAAAACUGGUGCUAAGUAGUUAUACUACAUUUGUGUUGUGGAUGGUGUAGGAUAAUUGUCCAGCAGCAGUGAUACAAGUAAAAGUCAUCAAGAAUAAAUUGAUUGCUCAGAGAGUCGCUUACGCAGGCAUGCUUUUUGGACAUUUUACAUUCGUGUAUAUCCAGAUAAGCCGAUAAACGAUGAUACACGGGAUUGGAUCAAAAACAUAAAAUAAAAAAUGGCUCACUCUAAUUUGGGUACUUCGCAGGCGAUUACGUCUGACCAGGAGCAAGGCCACGUGCCUAAACAAGCUUUGCCCAGCAUCUAUCCACUUGGAACAUCGAGAACUUCACACGCUCAGUCCGCGACAAUGGCUCUGGAGCAAUACCGCUUGCAGCUAUACAACUACGCCCUGAAUAUUGAACGAUUUCGAUGUCCUCAAUAUGGGGGCCCAGGAGGAGGUGGCGCCAGUGCUCCUUGGUUGCACAUAACCCCUUAUGGUGCCCAAGGCGCAGGCAAUAUCCCGGCAGUCACCAGAAUGGCAGCGCUAUCAACCAUAUCCCUGUUCCCCCCAACGCAACGUAUUUUUCAACCCGAGGAGCCAAAACCGCAGCACAGUUACAUUGGGCUUAUAGCCAUGGCAAUUUUAAGCUCAAAUGAAAUGAAGUUGGUCCUCUCAGACAUUUACCAAUAUAUUUUGGAUAAUUAUCCGUAUUUUAGAAGCCGUGGUCCGGGGUGGAGGAACUCGAUCAGGCAUAAUCUCUCACUAAAUGAUUGUUUUAUCAAGUCUGGCCGCAGUGCAAAUGGCAAAGGGCAUUACUGGGCAAUACAUCCAGCCAACAUGGAUGAUUUUCGAAAAGGGGACUUUAGACGUCGCAAGGCCCAACGUAAAGUCAGAAAACAUAUGGGCCUCUCAGUGGAUGAUGCCAGCACUGAUUCGCCUAGCCCACCCCCGUUGGAUCUGACAACACCGCCUCCAUCCAGCUCCCAGUCCUCAAUGCAAAUAUCGGGCCUUGGAUAUCCAUACCAACAGCAGUAUAUAGGCCAGUUUUUUAAUCGGAGCUUAGCACCCGGAUUGCCUCAGUACUCCUCAGCAGAUCCAGCCCUAGUUAUGCAACGGUCCAAUCAGCUGGAACAGACACUCCAACCAGCUCUUCUCCAGCCGCAACAUGCCCAACAUCAGCAGAUUGCAUAUAUCAACUCCACCACGACAACAACCAUCGCAAACAUGUUUUCGCAGACACGGAAACGCCAGUUUGACGUGGCGUCUCUACUGGCACCCGAUGUGCAGAUCGUUGAUAUUAGCUCACAAGAUCAAGAGUCCUCAGUAAGGCCAACGACCACAGCGAGAACAACGACUCAAACUCAUCACACGGUCAUUACUAAGCAAACUAUACAUCGCGAAGUUGUUUUGGGAUUAGAGCAGCCUGUAACUGAUCCCGACCUUGACUCUGAAAUUGAUGUAGAAGGUAACGCAGACGUGGUAGAUGGAAGCAUUAAUCCGAAUUCUGAUUGUUACCCAGAGUCAGACGACCAGGAAAAGUGUAAAGAAACCAUGAAGCAAAUAUUGUCUGUUGAGGACAAUAUCUCGUACCUAAGCAAUGGCAGACUGUCUUCAUUUGAUGCCGAUCCCGAUCACGAUCACGAAGAUCUUGAACAGCACAACUACUCCAUUUCCAGCUCUGCAGCGCGGUCUUUAGGAAGCAGUAGUAGCCAACACGAGGAAUCCAGUUCAUUAGAAGAAUCUCCCAUUAUAGACUCUAUUGAACCGACCUCAUCUGCACUUGGCUCGCCCAUACCUAAUGCGAGACCGUCAGCCCUAGGAACAGCCGCUCCAAAUGCAUACAUUGAACUUAACCAUGUUGAACCGCAUUUGCUAAGUAGGUACUACGGGACAUAUAUGGCCGCAGCUGCGCGACGAGCAAAUGUAAGGCCACCAAAAAAGGCAGCAAGGACGUCUUCUAUUUCACCAUCUUUAAAAUCCGAAAUAGUUUCACAGAAGUAGUAGAUAAAUUCUCUUUAGAAAUUCAAAACAUAUAUAUACAUCUAAAUUGAUGACCGACCCUGCAAUAAAAAUAUACACCUAAAUCUUUAUUUGAUAAAAGAGUUCUUUCAGUGGAAUUAAUAUGUUUUAACGAGCAUAAAUAUAUGUUAAAUUAUUGUUAAAUAUCGUAGA